CUAAUUUGUCCAAGACCCGCAAGCCCAAAACAUCAGUCAUCUCCUUCACAGGAACCCUAAAUCUGAAACUACCUUGACUCCGCUCAGCCACGGCUGAGAAAAUAGCUCGUCUUCACGAUCCAGCGAUUCCGCUCUCCAACGGGACUGCGCAGGGUGAAGAAUCGAGAGGCCAGCCGCCGGUGAAGAAUCGCGCGAUUCGUCUGGAAAUCGCGAUUCCAGCACGAUUCAUGCCCGAUACAGAGAUUCAACCACGAUUCAGGAACAAAAACGAGACAACCUCCGAUUCGUACUGGUAGCAUCUGGAAUCGUAUCGAAUCGUGCGAUACGUAUCCUGAAUCGUACGAUACUAACUACCAUGCUAGAGAGCCUUAUUGCAUAACGAAGUUUGUUUCCUUAAAGGAAUCCUUUUUUUCCUCCUACUUUGAGUUGCAAUUGCAUUUUAUGGGUUUUGGUUUUUCUGUGAGUAUCCCUGUUGAUCAAGAAUGCAAUUCUUUGGGGUGUCUGAGAUUAGUCCUUCACCUCCUGCUCCGACAGCAUCAGGAAACAAUGGCCAUAUGAUGUAUGUGUUCAAUAGGAAUGGUGUGUGCCUGCUCUAUAGGGAGUGGAAUCGUCCCUUGCGGACAUUGGAUGCCCAGCAAGACCAUAAGUUAAUGUUUGGUCUACUUUUCUCUCUGAAGUCAUUAACUGCCAAGAUGGACCCCACUAGUGCUGUUGAGAAAGGAAACCUUGGUAUGCUUCAGUUACCUGGCCAAGGUUGUUCAUUUCACAGUUUCUGCACUAAUACGUACAAACUUAGUUUCAUGGAAAGUCCUUCUGGAAUAAAGAUCAUCUUGGUGACUCAUCCUAGAACUGGUGAUCUACGGGAAUCCUUAAAGUAUAUCUACAAUUUGUAUGUCGAAUAUGUUGUCAAGAAUCCGCUCUAUACACCUGGAUCACCUAUUAGGUGCGAGCUGUUCAAUACAACGUUGGACCAGUAUGUGAGAGGCAUUGCAUAGAUGCUGAGUUGUUUCCAAUCAACACUGUUGAUGACUUGUGUGGUUUUAACGCCUUGUUUUGCAUGGUGUAUGUGAGAGGCAUUGCAUAGAAGCUGAGUUGUUUCCAUUCAACACUGUUGAUGACCUGUGUGGUGUAACACCAUGUUUUGUAUGGUGGUCAUACAUUGUUAGUCAAAACUUUUAGGGAGUUUUCUCAAGUUUGAGCUGUACUUUUUCUUGUCACAGAUAACACUAGUGAUACUCCAUUUUAUUUGAAUCCUACAAUUUAUGUUGCCCUGUA